AUGACACAAAUUAUUACUAGUUUAGUCUAUAUCCCUCGUGGUGAAAAUAAAAUUUAUGCCUAUCCACCUCUUCCUCAAGACUCUCCUUAUAUGUUUGAUAUUUUACCAACUCUUGCAUUCCCUGACACUGAAAGUAACCCAUGUUAUUUUGUUGUUCCAUCAAAUUCUCCAGUACAAAGAAUGUUUGGAAUAUCAAUGAUUUAUCCAUCACACUGUCUUGUAUUAUUAACGAACUCUCUUUCUUUUAAUCCAUUAUCACAAUUGUUAAAAGCAUACUACCCAUUGUUUUCACAUCCAAGUCCACAAUUAUUAACGUCAAUUUAUACUUCUAUGAAUAACUCUCCAUUGAAACCAGAACCAAUUAUCCCACCAGAAAAUUUGUUUUCUUCUAUUAUUAAACUAAUGAAAUUAUUAUUGCUUCCAUUUAAAACAGUUGUUUAUUCAUCAAAACCAUCAGAUUCAUCGUUGUCUAUUCUAUUCUUAAUGUGUUCUAUUCCAGGUGUAUUUGUUAAACCAAAUAGAGAAUCAAAUGAAGCUCUUGGAUUUCCAUUACAACUUGACACCGCAAAUCAUCCUAUUAUUCCACACUUCCCAGGAAGUUUGAUUGACAAAAUUAUUGGAACAGAAGGCUAUAUAAUUGGAACGUCAAAUCCAAUAUUCAGUGAAUUAACAAAGGAUUGGGAUGUUGUGAUUAAUCUUGACACAAAUAAAGUUUCUUGUCAAAAAGAAAUUCAGGGUGUAAUUGCUGAUACCAGAGAGGAUAAAUUAUUAAUUGUAAGAAUGAAAGAGGCUUAUCAACGUAAAAAUAUUAUUAGUAUAAUACAAAUGAUUGAAUGGUAUUAUCAAGGGCUGUUAAAUACAAUAACUCCAUUUGCUAAAAAAAUUUCCAUUGUUUCUUGGAAUGAAAUAGCCUCAACCCCUGCUAGUGAAUAUGGAAUGGAAUUUUUAAAGGAGUGGUUAGCUGCACCAUCAUUCCAAGAAUGGAAAGAACAUGUUGUUGUAGAUAAAGCAUUAAAAUUUAAUAUUAAACAUCCCGGAAAAACAAUAAAUACAGGCUUUGGUGUUUAUACCUCAGAGACUAUUGCGGCAUAUAUCACAGGGGAUUGGAUGAUUAAAAGUGCUGUUAAAGUUGAUAAUUUGUACAAAGGAUUAGAGUCAUAUUGGAAAAAAGAAGAUGAUACUACUCAAACAAAUGAAGUUGAAGAACAACCAAUAAUUAUAAAUGAAAAAGCGUGUUAA